ACAUCUCCUCUCAACAUGAGCUGUAACUGCCACUCAGAUAACUUGUCUACCUCCUUUAGGUGCUGCCUGCCCAUCUCAGAUUCCUCCUGUUGUUCCUCUUGCUCAAGCAACCUGGUCUACACCACUACCAGCUGCUCUCCCAGCACCUGUGAGCUGAGCUCCUCUCUGCACAGUGACUGUCAGGAGACCUGUAUUGAGCCCUCCAUCUGCCAGAGGUCCUGUGUGGCGUCCAGCCCCUGCCAGAUGCCCUGCUACUACCCCAGGAGCUCCACAGCCUGCAGUCCCUGCCAGGGGACAUAUGACGGCUCUAUGGGCGUUGGGUCCAACAGCUGCUGCUCCAUGGAUUAUGGAUUUAGAAGAUGCUACAUCAUGGGCCGUGGAUCCAGUGGCUUUGAAUUUCUGAAUUAUGGAGUCUCUGGCUUCCCUUUACUGAGUUAUGGGUACAGAUUCUGCUACCCAACCCACCUGGCUGCUAGUAUCUGCCAACCAUACUAUGAAACCUGUGGUAAUAUUCUCUAUGGAUUCAAUGGCUAAGCCUCCCUCUUCCUUCAGGCAAUAUAUUAGUAAAAGUCUGUAUGCCCGGCAGCCAUUGUUUCUUGCUACCCCCUCUUGCUUUCUGUUAUUUCUUCCAUUAACAACAUCUCUCAUUCUCAAUAACUGGGAAAUUCUGGAAUUUGUGUGUAACCUCCAAUUAUUCCUUUCUCUCUUUACUAUGGAAAAAUGGUAUAUGUAGUUUGGUUUUCAUCCAAGAGCAGUUGAAAAUGAAAAUUUUAACCUAAUAAAUGUAUGCAUUCUGAAACCUCAA